GCCGCGGCGUCUGGUAAACAGUCCUCGGGGUUAGGACAUGGCUCCCGCUGGCGCCCCUUAGCUUCGUGCUGCCGGGCAGCUCCCCGCGCGGAGCUCUGACAGGCUUUGGCGCCGCAGGGAAGGGAGCUUGAUCGGGCCGUUGCCGCGGGCGUGUCGCGGCGGGGGGAGGAGGGACCAAAGCGGCUGGCGGGUCAGGGAAGAAGGCCAGCCGGCAGUUGAACAGACUCGCGGUGGUCCUCGGGAGUAAGGAAGGGGAUUUCCCUCCCGCCGCGCCUCCCCUCCCCUCCCCCCCCGCCUUGGCGAGCCGCAAAACCCAGAGGCGGGAAUCGCCUUUUCCCUCCCAUUCUCUUGCCCGGGAGUGCGCCAUGUGGAUCCAGGUCCGUACGAUCGACGGUGCUCAGACCCAGACCAUCGACGACCUCAGUCGCCUCACCAAGAUCGAGAGUCUGCGCGAGAAGAUCCAGGAGAGCUUCCGCGUGAGCCCCGACCGGCAGCGCCUCUUCUACCGGGGCAAGCAGCUUGAAGAUGGACAUACGUUAUUUGAUUAUAAUGUUGGACUGAAUGAUAUAGUUCAGCUUUUGAUACGCUCAGAGUCUGAUGCACCUACUACUCCAUUGACUAAUAAAGAUGGAAAGCCCAGUCCCAGCACAGUUGCCAAUUGUAAGAACAAAGUCAAACAAGGAGCAAACAGUGGAUCAUCUAAUCUACCAUCUACAUCAGCCCGCUCGUUUCUUAUUGAUCCUGGCAUUGGGCAGUACAAGAUAAAUGAAUUGGUGGAUGCCCGAGAUGUCACUAUUGGAUCCUGGUUUGAAGCUCAUAUAGAAAAUGUGACACGUGCAACAAAAGGACAUAAAAACGGAAAAGCUCAAGGAAAGAGUGGCAGUAAUUACAAAAGGACUAAUGGGAACAUAAGCCAAGAUCACUCUAGAGAAAAUACAAAUAAUUUGGACAAUGCACCUUCCACAUCUUACUCAGAUUAUAUGGACACUGAUGAAGAUAUUAUUUAUCAUAUCAAGUAUGAUGAAUACCCAGAGAGUGGCAUCGUAGAAAUGACUGUCCGUAAUCUACGACCACGAGCAAGAACUAUUUUGAAAUGGAAUGAAUUACGUGUUGGUGAUGUGGUGAUGGUUAACUACAAUGUAGAGAGUCCAGAGGAGAGAGGAUUCUGGUUUGAUGCAGAGAUUACCAAUUUGAGGGAAAUUUCAAGGACUAACAAAGAAGUUUAUGUCAAAAUUAUGCUUGGAGGUCCAGAAGAUGUUAUAAAUGAUUGCAGACUCCUAUUUAUAGAAGAAAUAUACAAGAUUGAAAAGCCAGGAGCAUAUCCAUUGACAUUUGCAGAUGGAGAGUUCAAAAGAAAGAGUGGUCCUGAAUGCAAGCAUUGCAGAGCUGACCCAGAUAAAGAAUGUCGAUUUUGUUCUUGUUAUUUGUGUGGGGGAAAACAGGAUGCCCAUAUGCAGCUUCUCUGUGAUGAGUGUAAUAUGGCCUACCACAUAUACUGCCUGAAUCCACCUUUAAGCAAGAUACCAGAAGAUGAAGACUGGUACUGUCCUUCUUGUAAAAAUGAUUCUAAUGAAGUUGUGAAAGCAGGGGAAAAGCUCAAGCAGAGUAAAAAGAAAGCAAAGAUGCCAUCUGCUUGCACAGACAGCCAGCGAGAUUGGGGCAAGGGCAUGGCUUGUGUUGGUCGUACUAAGGAGUGCACUAUUGUUCCUUCUAACCACUAUGGACCUAUACCUGGAGUUCCUGUUGGAGCAUCUUGGAAAUUCAGAGUGCAGGUGAGUGAAGCAGGUGUCCAUAGACCUCAUGUCGGUGGAAUUCAUGGACGUAGUAAUGAUGGCGCCUACUCCCUCGUGUUGGCUGGGGGAUUUGAAGAUGAAGUAGAUCGAGGUGAUGAAUUUACUUACACUGGGAGUGGUGGAAGAGAUCUUUCCGGCAAUAAAAGGAUUGGAGAACAUUCGUUUGAUCAAACGCUAACACACAUGAACAGGGCACUGGCUCUAAAUUGUGAUGCCCCGCUGGAUGAUAAAAAUGGAGCUGAAUCUAAAAACUGGAGAGCCGGAAAGCCAGUUCGAGUGGUUCGCAGCUCCAAGGGUCGAAGAAUCAGCAAAUACGCCCCUGAAGAAGGCAACAGAUACGAUGGCAUUUACAAGGUGGUGAAAUACUGGCCAGAAAUUGGAAAGUGUGGAUUUUUAGUUUGGCGCUAUCUUCUGAGAAGAGAUGAUGCUGAGCCUGCACCUUGGACUUCAGAAGGAAUUGAACGGUCAAAGAAAUUGGGCUUGAGUUUACAGUACCCAGAAGGCUAUUUGGAAGCCAUGGCUAGUAAAGAAAAGAAGGAUAAAGUAAAAAAGCAACCUGUGAGACAGGAGCCAACAGAACAGAGCAAUGGAAAUCAGAAAAGGCCACUUGAUUAUGAAGGUAUAGUGGAACCUGCAAACACAGCCAAAGCCAUGAGGAUGGGAGAUGGAGGGAAAGGAGAAUCUUUCCAGCUAACUCAGCAACAACAGUGGCUGAUUCAAGAAGACUCCCCGAACCAGAAACUCUGGGAUGAAGUUCUAGUUUCUCUUAAAGAAGGACCAAAUUUUUUAAAGAAACUGGAACAAUCCUUUAUGUGUGUCUGCUGCCAGGAGCUGGUUUACCAACCGGUGACCACAGAGUGCCUCCACAAUGUCUGUAAAAGCUGUUUACAGCGCUCUUUCAGAGCUGAAGUCUUCACCUGCCCCGCUUGCCGGCAUGACCUUGGAAAGGGUUACACCAUGGUUCCCAACAAGGUGCUGCAGACACUACUUGACCAGUUCUUCCCUGGUUACAGCAAAGGACGAUGAUACGCGUUCAGUUCCCAACGCCAUUCUCCGAAGGACUUACAGACUUUAAAAAAGCAAGGAACUAGGAAAACUCAACGGCGGACCAGCUGGCUUAAGGGAAUUCACUUUACUGCCCCAUUGUGCAACAGUUAACGCAAUCUUUUGUUCCCAUUUAGCAGUCUUUUGUGUAGUACCAACUUUGAAUUCUCAGCUGUCUUUCAGCACUGACGGUAGUUUUGGACAGAUGACACCUAGUUUGCGCACAACAAAACAGAAGCCUUGGCUCGGGCCAGAGUAGCAGCGAAUGCUUCGGUUUGUUUUUGUAACUACCUCAGAUGGAGGAAAACAAUUGUGGGGAAUUUUAAGAGCACGUCAGAUAAGGUGUAGCUACACGCUGCCUCCUGAACCUUAGUUUUGCCUGGGCCAUGCGGUUUGAUUUUACACCAAGGAAACAGCACUUAAGCCAGUUUUUAUUACCGAACAUCAAAUUCUGUGGUGUGCAUCAUCCUUUUUUGUGUUUCCUCCCAUUAUGCUGUAUUUCUUUCUUCUUUUGCAAGAACAAGCUUUUAGUCUAUUUUUGUGAGCGUCCUUGUGCUCUCGUAUCUUAUGCAAGUUGACUACUAAUGACUGAGAACAAUAUGAAUGCAUUGUCGCUGUUAAUGUAAAGUGAUUUGUGUUUUUUGCACUUAAAGAGGGUAUUUAAGACACUCUAGUUGUGUAAAAACUAUUUCAUAUGAAACAGGCCACUUUUGUAUUAGGUAAAACUGUUUGCUUUUAGUAGGUCUUGUAUCAGUGGCAAUACAUCUUCUACAGCAUUGAGAACAGUGCUAGCUUGGAGAGGGCUCGACUCGCUUCAUAUUGUGAUCUGAAAUUUUAUAUACAGUAUAUCCCCCUUCCCUGAAUAUACCUUAUUAAAUAUUUUAUGAUUCAUAAAGUGUUAAUUGUUUAUAUUUUACAGCCAUAACAUUGUAAGCAUUGCCUAAAGAAGGGCUUUUAUAUUUGACAGGAAUAUUCCAUUUUUGAUAAGCAGGACAAAUUAUUCUGGAUGUUAUGUUAGUCUUUGGGGCAUUUACCUUGGAAAGCCCAUGUUAUAAAAAUGGUAUUUUAAAAGACCUUAGUUUCAAAGAUUUGCAUUUUCUUAUCUGCUUUAGAUUGCAGUUCAGCAAGAAACAUACUGAUCCGACAGCAAAUAACAUAAUGCUGCUUAAAUAUGUACAAAGCAUAUUUCUUAGCUGUUCCUGUAAAGGUGCAAGACAGGCCAAUAUUAUCCCUAUAUUAUGUACUAGAGACUCAGAUUUUGAGCUGCUAGACUAGUCCAGAUGGAAAGUUAAACCGUAAUUUAGCAUUAUGUGAAUAAACCUGCUUGGGCUUUCAGUCCCUCUGCACCAGCAGAGAAGAUGAUAAAAAAUUGAAAUGGUCUCUAGGUUAAUAUAGUUUGUGAACAAGCCAGGAUCAUGACCACAGUUUGAUCCUUGCUCUUUCUUAACUACUCACACUUUAAUUCAAGUUAAGUAAAACAUAAUAGGAAUCUUUUAUUAGUUAAAUUAGUUAAAAAUUGAAAGUCAAAACUUUGAAUCCUCUAGGGUGCACUGAUUAAGGGGCUAGGGGAGUACGUGGGUCUGAGGCUCAAGUAGGCUUAUUCCUGUAAUGUCUGAACAGGCCCACUGCCUGCCUCAUGGUUACCUAGAGAGCUGGUGAUCACAGCAGUGAUUUGGACGUUGUGGCUGCAGUUCAUCCAAUGCUGAGCCAUAAAUUGCUUUAUGUGCAUGAACAGGGUGGACCCUUGAGGUCAUACUGUCUUUCUGCCGGACUGCUUCUGUGAUGGAAGAGUGAGGCUGGAAGUUUUCAUUUCUGCCUUGCUAACCAUAGCUGCUUGUUACGGACAAAAUGGACAAAGUGUUGUCAGGGGGAACUACAGAUGGGGUACAAUUCCACUUACCCCUGAGCAUUGGUUAUGCAAGUAGGAAGAUGGCAAUGACCUGGGAGGGUGGAGUUGCCCACCCCAGAUGUAGGGAAACAUACCCAUUUCAAACUGUAGUUAAUGAUCCAGCCUUACUCUGGUUAAAGCAUGCUCAAACUGUUGCAGGUUUUUGGUUUGGGCAUAUAGUAGCUGUAGUUAGUUGCAAAUGGUGGAAGCUCCUGACUUCAUAGUUGCCACAGAGAAGGGCAGGGGGUGAGGAAAUACACGAGUCACUAGACCAUGGACAUAACACUAAAGUAUGGUUGAGGGCUAUGUACACACCAACCCAACGUGCCAUCACUUCAUUUCGCCAGGGGACUGAUUGUAUUACUGUUAUUGGCAUGUAAAAUGUUUAGUAUCCUCUGAUUUGGAAAGCUUUGUGUGUGGUAUUUUCAAAUGUUUAAGAGUCUAGUGAUGCAGCCCCAUUUCAUCCUCUUGGAAACAGAGAAGAGUCAUUACCUGUUCAAAAUGUUGAAAAGUUACUGUGUUUGGGCAAUCUUGUGCCAAAGCAGCCUCCACCGUACAACUAAAAGCUAGAGUCAAAUACAAGGAGGGAGGCCAUUUUCCAUUGUAGUAGAUGCUGUCUAUUCAGAAAUAAGCACCAUUUAAUUCAUUGGACCUUAUUUCCAAGAAAAUGGGUAUAGGAUUGCGAUCACAGUUUCAUUUGGAGCAGUAUUUGUACCGCAGCAAGAAAAAACUCAACAUCCCUUCUCCCUCCAGUGGAGAGACCCUUCUGUACUGGGGUUAGGGGGAAUAAAAAAUCAGAGGUAAGGACCUUUCAUGGUGGCUUUGCUCACAUCAAUCCUGCUUGAUGUUGGCCAACUUUGCCAGUGUCUGUUCUCAUGCUGUCCAGGAGGGUCCCUCUGCCCUCCAAGUAAGUUAUGUGGGAGGAUGUAGGGAGAAGAGAUAGCACUCAUCUGUGAGCUUCCUUCUGUAUGUUGUAGGACUGAAGCAUUGUUUGCAUCAUAUUUAACUGCUGGUUGGCCCAGAGUACAGAGCUGGGCAGUCAGACAUAGUUCCUAUUUCUGUAAGGCACAACUUUGAUAAAACAACCCGUUCCUUUUGUGCAGCAGCUACACAACAGUUCUCAUGGCAGCCAUCGGUGUCUUUAGUGUGUAAUUCCAUUUUGGUAAAUGCUGACGUAUCUUGGUUUAUUGUAAGAUGGCAGCUUUAAAAAGUGAUUUGUUUUCUGAUGUGUGCUGUAAAGGAUGUCUUGCCAUCCUUUAUAUUUCAAAUAAUAAAUUCGGAUUGUUUGUUGCACUUGCAUUAAUUACCCUU